AUGGCUGCUAUGGGGAUGGUCGAGGAGCUGGAAACUUUAUAUCAAAAGGACCCAUCGCUCGUGUCCUUCAAGGACCCAAAGGAGUGGACGCCCCUACACCACGCGGCCGCCUAUGGCCAGCAGGAGGCCAUAGCCUUCCUCUGCAACCGCGGUGCGGCUGAUGCGGCAGCUGACAGGCCCGACAAGGUUAGCGGCGCUGACGUGAAUGCAGCCGAUGGCUCUAGCAGAACUCCUCUGCACCUCUCCGUGAUCCACGAUAAGGUGAACGUGCUGAGGGCGCUCGUGAAGCACCGUGAUAAGAUCGACCUGACGAAGGGCGACGAGAACGGCUUGACUGCGCUGCACCACACGGCGCUGAGGGACCACGACGAGGCCGCCCUCAUUCUUAUCGAAAGCUACACGGUGUGUCCCAACCAGCCUUGCAACAACGGCUUCUACCCAAUCCAUCUGGCGGCUAAAAAUGCAUCCGUGAAGGUGCUUGAGGUGCUGCUGUCGUGGGCGGAAAAAAGAGGAUGUGAACGCGCCAACAUGAUCAUCUUACCGGACCUGGAGGGCAACGUGCCUCUACAUCUCGCGGUCCAUGGAGGUGAAAUAAAGGCUGUGGAGAUCUGCCUGAAGAACGGAGCUAACAUUUCGAUGCAGCAGCACGACCGCAACACACCCGUGCAUUUGGCCUGCGCUCAGGGGGCCCUAGACAUCGUCAAGCUCAUGUUCACAAUGCAGCCACAACAGAAACUUGAAGUUCUGAACACUAAGGAUGCUCGUGGCAUGACGCCUUUGCACUGCUCAGCCAUGUUCGACCAUCCAGACUUGGUGCGCUAUCUCGUCAUGGAGGGCGCUUCCCUCAACACCGGCGACUGCGAGAGCAGAACUCCUCUACUCCUCGCCGCCGGGCAGCGCUGUUGGAGGUCCGUGGAGGCGCUGCUGCAGUUGGGGGCAGACCCCGGCAUCAGGGAUAACUCCUGCAAAAAUAUUCUCCACAUCAUCGUGAUGAAUGGCGGAUCAAUCAAUGACAUUAGCCCCAUGAAAUUGGCUCAACUGCUGAACGACCAGGACAUAUCGGGCUGCUCUCCUCUACACUACGCCUCCAAGAGCGGACAAAUUAAGUCUUUGGAGUCCCUCAUUCAACUCGGCGCUUCCGUGCGCACCAAAAACCACAGAAAUGAAAGUCCUUUGCAUUUCGCCGCCAAAUACGGGCGUUACAAUACUGUGCGUCAACUACUGGAGUCCACGAAGGGCUUUUUGAUUCUUAACGAAAGCAACGGAGACGGCAAGACUGCUCUGCACAUUGCCAGCGAAGAAGGACACAGCAGGUUGGUGCAGUUGCUAAUCAGCAAAGGCGCUUUACUUCACCGCGACCACCAGGGACGGACGCCCUUGCAUUUAAGCGCCUCGAGAGGGCACAUCGAGACCAUCAACAUCCUCUUGGCGGUGCACGGCCACAUGCUCGACCAGACCGACCGGGAAGGGAACUCAGCACUGCACAUGGCAGUGCGUGAAGGUCGAGCGGAAACCGUGUCAAUGCUCAUGUCGCUGGGCUGCUUGCUCAACGAGAACAAGAAAGGCGCCACGGCCAUCGAUGUGGCCAUCACGUACAAGCUUGAAGAAGUCGCCAUCGCGAUGGUCACCCAUGAGCGCGGACCUACGGAGGUUUUACCGAUGGGAAGCAAGAUUCACGGCUGCGUGAGUAUGGAGCUGAUCAGGUCCCUCCCUAAAGUCUUCGAAGCUGCGCUGAACCAAGCCAUCACAAAAUCAAACUUCAAGGAAGACUCCAAACGAUACUACAUAACCUACAAUUUUUCUCCGUUGCAACUCAAUUGCGGUCAGAUCGAUCAAAUGCGGUCGGUUAAAAAAGAUACCGACUGGCGACCUCCUCCCCUGUUUGCCUGCAACGCAAUGGUGAACAGUCGUCGCGUGGAGCUAUUAAUGCAUCCUCUGACGCAGAAAUUCUUGCAAAUGAAGUGGCAGGCGUACGGUAUGUAUGUGAACAUGAUCUACCUGCUGAUCUACAUCACUUUCUUGACUUCUGUCACGAUCUUCGCUUCUGGAAUCUUAGGAGGAAAGUGUCAAGAGCAGCUGCUGGAAGCUCUCAACCCAACCUCCACUUCAACGCGAUAUCUCAACCACACAGACGGGCCUGCCGAAGCAAUCGCUACUGGUCUACAAAUUAAGCAUCAGUUCGGAACAUUUGGGUAUCUGCUAGCCAUCCUAAUUGCCUUCUUCAGCGGCUGUGGUCUGAUUAAAGAAAUAUUCCAUGCACACUACCAGAAGAUGGAAUAUCUGGCAGACGGGAUGAACCUAAUCGAGUGGAUACUGUACCUGUCCGCUAUCUGUAUGGUGCUGCCGGUCUUCGUGGGCACAGAGUGGCGAGCACAUCAAUACAACUCUGCGGCCAUGGCUGUCUUCACUGCCUGGUUCACUCUGCUCCUUUACUUUCAAAGGUUCGACCGAAUCGGAAUUUACAUCGUGAUGUUCCUGGAGAUCCUGCGCACUCUGCUGAAGGUCCUGGCGGUGUUCUCAGUUCUCAUUAUUGCAUUCGGUUUAAAUUUUUUUUCCAUUCAUUUUGCUGAAUUGCAGGGCAACCACAUGGCGUACUCGAGCGUGCCCAUGUCGAUGUUGAGGACCUUCUCAAUGAUGCUUGGCGAGAUCGACUUCCUUAACACAUUCGUGUACCCGUAUUUUGAAGCCAGCGCCCAGCCAAACAUCGAGCGAUCGCUGCCUUUCCCCAACACCACAUUCACGAUUCUGGUGGUGUUCAUGAUCCUCAUGCCAAUCCUGCUGAUGAAUCUGCUCAUCGGUCUGGCGGUUGGCGACAUCGAGAGCGUCAAAAAGAAUGCACAGCUCAAGCGCGUGGCGAUGCAAGUUCAUUUGCACACCGGCCUAGAAAAUAAGCUGCCAUCUCUUCUCAUAUCCCGCGUCAACAAACAAGAGAUCGUCGUCUACCCUAACGACGACAGCGUCAAAACUUCCUUCCUGCAAGGCCUUGUUCAAGCCCUCAACUUCUGCAUGCCAUAUAAGGACACUUCUGCAGAGCUUGAUGUCCUGGAACCCUCUUGCUCGGAGGAGUACAUCUGGGAGGAGCUGGAGUCGCACCAGCUGCGCUUCCGUUCCAUCGCGGCGCAGCUCGACCAGCAGACCAAGCUACUCAAGCUCAUCAUGCAGAAAAUGGAGAUCAACAGCGAAGCGAUCGAGACAGACGAUAAUUGCUCAGCAUCGAGAAGAAGGGACUUCUUUGUUCAGUAUUGA